AUGCCCGCGAGCUCGUACAUUCCUAACCUCACUGGCUGCACAAUUGACCAUGGCCACCUCAAGCUGUUGGACGUCCUUGGUUCAGGGUCCAGCGGCGUCGUGUACCUCGCGGAGGAUACGACGACCAGUGCCGAGUUCCCACCUCAGUAUGCUGUCAAGUGCAUGUUAAAGGCGGAGGAGGGAUCUGUCCGGGACGACGCCCAGCGGAACGAGAUCUAUAACCACAUGCUCGUGUCUGACCAUCCGAACAUCGUAACGCUGCACGGUGUCAUCGUAGACUCGGACUUAUCUCUGGUGUUCCUCAUCCUCGAUUACUGCCCUGGCGGUGAUUUGUUCAAACUCGUGCUGGAAGGACGUAUAACUCCAGGCGACGACAUAUUCGUCAGACGGACGCUGCUGCAGUUGAUGGACGCCCUGGAUGCCUGUCACCAGCAGGGCAUCUUCCAUCGCGACAUCAAGUUGGAGAACAUCAUGUGCAGUACGGAUGGUUCGCGUAUGUUCCUUUGCGACUUUGGCUUGUCUACAAGGCAUUCGUACAGCACGUCCUUCGGUGCAGGAAGCCACCUUUAUAUGAGCCCCGAAUGCAUUGGAAAUUAUAGCUCCCAUCCGUACUCCACAAGAGCCAACGAUGUCUGGGCGCUGGGAGUGAUCAUGACCGCCAUGAUCACCGAGCACAAUCCAUGGCGAAAGGCAAUCAUGGAGGACGGAUGCUACCGCGCAUACCAGAAAGACGGGGAAUACCUGCGCAAAUCGCUUCCAAUAUCAUCAGGUGCCAGCAUCAUCCUCCAACGGAUCUUCACUCAGGAAUCAAAUCGCAUCACCGUACCGUACCUGCGCUUAAUGGUCCUGCGCACCGAUACUUUCUUC